AUGGCUCAGUCCGGCAGACCCCGCGGGCGCAAGGCCCACCGCUCGCUGAGCCACCAGGUGGCGUCACAGCUCCCCCAGCACCAGCAGGUCGCCCAGGUCGCCCGCCCUAAACAGUACUCCCACCUGGUCUACGCCAACCCGGUGUACGUGAAAAGCAUCCUUGCGCCGCCCCACCCUCACAAUCACCAGCGGACCAAUGAAGAGGCGACGGCCCACGACGAUGCCGACUUGAUUAUGUUCCGUCUGGACGCGUUGCUGCGGUUUGUCAACAACCACGAGUUCAUUGAGAAUAUCACCACCAAACGGAUCCAUACUCAGGAUAUGGUGGCGCCCCCGCUAUUUCCGACCCCGGAGGUGAAGCUGGCCGAGGACCGGAAGCCCACAGACGUCUACUUUGGCGAUUUGGAGGAGAUGAAGCGCCAGGAACAGCUGCUUGCUCAAUUAGCGGCAGAAGUGCCCGAGGACAAAUACCUGAUAACUGAGGACCCUCAGUACGUCUACCAGCGCGCCGCAACUACCACAUUAGCGGAAACCUCCCCCGAAGAGCUCCUGGCCCAGCUAGACACCGUGCUUAGUGAGUAUAAGCUGAAAUUCAACCGCGAGUACGUGGCGCAGUACAUGCCGAAACGGUACCUGGCGAAGAUCGUGACUGAUGUCGACGAGGCCCCCAGCGACUACGACCCCAAGGACGUCAAAUUGCAGGAGAAAGAAUCUGAAAACCAGAAGUUCAACGGCGACAUGUUCGGCGAAUUCAACAAUUUCGGCGAUAGCGGCAACGACAUCGACGACAUGUUCAAGCCGCAGCCCCAGAUGCCGAUGAACCAGAUGCCGAUGAACCAGCAGAUGCCCCAGCAGCCGAUCAACGCCAUGAACUCGGGGAGCAUGGGCAACGGCGGCGCCCCGCUGAUGGCGAUGAACCAGAGCUCGAACAUCGACCAGAUGGGGGUGAUGGGCGACCUCAUCAACUUCGACGGCGACAUGGGCGCCUUCGACGACGCCGACUUCCUCAAUUCGAUGAAUUAA